AUGCUAGCGCAGUUGCGACAAAUUGAACUGGACACCAACGUUCGAGAAGUAUUUGAUGCGCCCUCCCUUUCUACAUUAGCAGAGACCAUCGGCCAUCAUAAGACGAUCAUCACCCCGCCCAAUCUCAUUACCACAAACAGUACCACGAUUACUCCGGAAAUGUUGCCGCUAAUAGAUCUAUCUCAGGCGGAGAUUAAUACGAUUGUCGCAAAGGUUCCGGAAGGUGUGGCCAAUAUUCAAGAUAUUUACGCAUUAGCUCCUUUACAGCAAGGCAUAUUAUUCCAUCAUAUGAUGGCUGAGCACGGUGAUCCGUAUUUGCUGGUCACUUGUUUACACUUUAACGACCGAGCAGUUCUUGAUCGCUACGCGGCCGCUUUGCAACAAAUAAUUGAACGACAUGAUAUUCUGCGAACCGCCUUCAUAUGGGAAGGACUUAGUGAACCGGUACAAGUUGUCUUACGUCGCGUUCCAUCAUUACUCUCCGAAGUCACGCUUAAUGGUACCCAUGAGCCCGUACUGAAAGAAUUAAGCAACCGCUUCAACCCGCGUCACUACAAACUAGACCUGACCCAAGCACCGCUACUACGUCUAAUAGCUACGCCAAUGUCUGAUGGAGGUUGGUUGGCUUUGAAACUUAUACACCACGUAACUUUUGACUAUGUUACUGUAGAGAGACUGGAAUCCGAAAUUAAGUUCGUAAUCAAUGAACAAUAUGAUCAGCUGACAACGCCCACACCUUUCCGCAAUGUAGUGGCCCAGGCCCGUUUGGGUAUUAGUCAAUCUGAGCAUACCAAGUUCUUCAAAGAAAUGCUUGGCGACAUUGACACACCGACCCUACCGUUUGGUCUAAGUAACGUUCAACAAGACAGAAUCGAUUUUGAUGAAGCGUAUUUUAAGCUGUCACAGGAACUUAAUAAUAAGUUACGGUUUCUUGCACGUCAUUUCCGUGUCAGCUUGGCCAGCCUUUGCCAUUUGGCCUGGGCACAAGUACUUGCUAUUGCCAGCGGAAAUGAGACAGUGGUCUUCGGCACUGUAUUACUCGGCCGUUUGCAGUCCGGAGAAGGGAACGAUAGUGCCAUGGGUAUGUUAAUUAAUACGUUACCAUUGCGAAUAAAUAUCGAUAAGAUGACUGUCGAGGCUGCAGCUCGCAAUACACAUACUAGGUUGAGUUCUUUGAUGGAACACGAACAUGCAACACUUGCCUUGGCGCAAAGGUGUAGUGGAGUUCCAGCUACUCUACCACUUUUCAGUUCGUUGUUGAACUACCGCCAUAAACAGCAAACCAAUCAGAUCAAUGCAACGAUUCCUGGCAUAAGUAUUCUCAGUAGUGAGGGACGAACAAAUUAUCCAUUGAACUUGUCAGUGGAUGACGAUGACAACUCGCUGAAUCUUACAAUUAAGGUGGUGUCGCCAUUAUCAGCAGGGCGAAUCUGUGCCUAUAUGCAACAGGCCCUCGGAGCGCUUGCAGAUGCAUUAAUGCAAACACCACAGCAAUCUGUACGAACAUUGACAGUGAUACCACCAGCAGAACGGAAGAUGCUGUUGUAUGACUGGAAUAAAACGACUAUAGAUUAUCCACCUGUUCGUUGCCUUCACGAGUUAUUCGAGGCGCAAGUGGAGCGCGAUGGACAAGCAAUUGCUGUCGAAUGUGAAGGAGAAACAUUGAGCUAUUCGGAAUUAAAUGCACGGGCAAAUCAGCUGGCACAUUACCUGAUCGCACAAGGCGUCAAUCCAGAAGAUCGUAUUGCACUUUGCGUAAAGCGCAGCACAAAAAUGAUUAUUGCCCUUCUGGGUAUUUUAAAAUCCGGCGGUGCUUAUGUACCUCUUGAUCCAGCCCACUCAAGUCGAAGGUUUCAAAUUAUUCUGCAGGAAACCGAACCAAUAUGUGUGUUAACAGAUUCUACUGGUCAAAGUGCACUUGGAGACCAUCAGUUUCCAGUAGUGGAUUUGGACAACACCUCGCUUUUCGCCUUUCCGAUCGAAAACCCAGAUCCACUCAAGCUGGGACUCACUCCUACUCAUUUGGCUUAUGUGAUCUACACCUCUGGCACAACUGGAACACCGAAAGGGAUUUUG